AUGUCAGAAAGCCAGCAAUUGUUUUCCCGUUUUGUCAAUUAUCCGACCCCCAAACCUAACGACGUGCCGUACCAAGCCCCACCCCAGGAAAGAACCCAUGUUGCAACCGUACCUCUGGUGCCCGGAGUCCUCUGGAGCAAUGCUGGCUUCGGCACCCUGCGGCAAUGCCGACAACUCGACGGCGUCGAUGCGCGUUAUGACCCAACCGUGAUUCCGCUGUCUCAACUGGACGACGAAGCUCCGGCGAGCUAUACAGACAAGUCGAAUCUCCGCACACAACUGGACCACGCGUCGUCUGGCCGCUUUUACUCGAUCAAAGAUUUCCACGACGGGUACUCGAAUGGCGCAUUCACACCGUCGGACGUCAUAGAGCGCCUGUUGCCGCUCAUCCGCAGAGAUGUCGCGCAGCGCUCACCGUGUGCGACAGCAUUCAUGGAAACUAAGGUGGACCUUGUGAGGCAAGCCGCCCAAGCCUCUACACAGCGAUACAAAGAGGGGGAGCCGCUAGGAAUACUAGACGGUGUGCCCUUUGGUGUCAAGGACGACUUGCUGGUCAAGGAUUACAAGCACUACGUUGGCACGACACAUGACUACAGCAAUGGCGGCAGCAAGGAAAGCAGCUGGUGCGCAAAGAUGUUGGAGAAAGAAGGUGCUAUCUUAGUCGGGACACUCACAAUGCACGAACUGGGCAUGGAUACAACCAACAACAACCCCCAUUGGGGUACACCACGAAACCCAUACAACAGCUCUUACUACCCUGGAGGCUCUUCAGGCGGCGCCGCAUCUGCUGUCGGCCACGGCCUGAUACCCUUUGCCAUUGGAUCCGAUGGCGGCGGCUCUGUCCGCAUCCCCAGCAACUACUGCGGCGUCUACGGCCUCAAGCCCUCGCAUUCCCGCGUAUCAAUCGCCCCAAUGCCCAACUCCGGUAAAUCCGUCACCGUGCGUGGGCCCCUCGCAAGCAACAUGGCCGACCUGGAGAUUUCGUACCGCGUGCUCGCCCAGCCAGAUCCCUCGACAUAUCCCUCGUCGCUAUUUGCCCCGCCACGCAAGUUCUCAGGUCCACGCAACAAGGCACUGGGAGUACACAAGCAAUGGAUUGACCGGUCCGACCCUGUGGUCCAAGAAUCCUUUUACUCAGCCCUCAAAUACUUCGAACACGAACUCGGCUACAAAGUCAUCGACAUAUCCAUCCCCCUGCUCACCCAGGGCCAACUUGCCCACGCCAUGACCAUCAUGGCCGAGGGCGCCGCAGCCCACCGCUCCUCGAUUUACGACCUCACGCCCGCCAACCGCAUCCUCAUGACCAUCGCCCACCAAACCCCCGCCACGGAUUUCCUACUCGCCCAGCGCCUCCGCAACCUCCUCAUGCAGCAUCUCGCUGACCUAUUUCGCGCAUACCCGGGACUUGUGAUUGUCACGCCUACCACGCCGAAUGCGGGAUGGCCCAUCGACGAGGCGGAGCUCUCGCAUGGCGUUACGAAUGGGAAUAUGCAGAUUCGCAAUAUGGAGUAUGUGUGGUUGGCGAAUUUUACUGGCGUGCCGUGUAUUCAGUUUCCGGUGGAUUAUGUGCAGGGCGUCAAGGGGGAAGGGAUGGUGCCGAUUGGGUUGAGUGGACACGGUGAGUGGGGCAGUGAGGAUGCGCUGAUUGAGUUUGGGUUCGAUGGCGAGAAGUGGUUGCAUGAGGGGAGGGAGGGUGGAAGAGCCAUGCCUGAGGCGUGGGUUGAUGUGUUGAAGUUUGAUACCUAG